GCCACCAUGAUGACGGUGACGGUAAGUCCAAGCUUGCAGGCAACUGUAAGCACGGCACAAGUCACAAGGCAUAAUCAGUUCACGAUGCAUCUUGUUGAAUGACAGGCGAACCCUCAGCAACCUCUAGAGUUGUCGAUCAACAUUCGCGCCGAGGCACAUGUCAAGGGUGGGGCUGAAUGAAGGCUUAAGUGCCGAUGAAGCUCCAACCUUGCCCGGAUAGAUUGCGCGCCGGGGCUAGGAGGCGAUGCCACAUCAGAAGGGGUGAUCUCACCUUGUUUAAGGAAGACUGCGUCCGCAGUCUCCUUCGUACAUGUUUUGGAAUCGACAUACAGUAACGGCUUUCUUCAAACACAAACGACCAUAGCAAACAGAGACGUCAUGGCUGAAGCACAGGAUGCCCAUGUAAAGCUCUACUGGCUGAACAAGUCCCGCGCUCAAAACAUUUUAUGGCUCCUCGAGGAACUAAACGUCAAGUACGACGUCGAGCUGUUCCAUCGUAGCAGGGAGACAAUGCUGGCACCGCCUGAGCUGACCAAGGUCCACCCGCUCGGCAAGUCGCCUGUCAUCGAGAUCACCCCGCCUGGCUCCACGGACUCGGUCAAGCUGGCAGAGAGCGGCUUCAUCGCGCAGUAUCUCUGCGACCACUUCCCCGAGGGCCAGCGCCUCGUCCCGCAGAAGUGGAAGGAAGGCAGGGAGGACCAGAUCGCUGGAGAGACGGAGGCCUGGAUGCGGUACCAGUAUCUGCUGCACUAUGUCGAGGGCAGCCUGAUGCCCAUCCUCGUCAUGACGCUGAUCAUCUCAUCGCUCAAAUCCCCAAAUGUGCCCUUCUACGUCCGUCCCAUCACGACGGCCGCCGCCAACAAGGUCAUCGCCAUGGCUGUCUUCCCCAACGCCAAGAAGCACCUUGCCAUGAUUGAGCAGCUGCUUGAGACGGCGCCUGAUGGAGGCAGUUAUAUCUGCGGUAAGACGCUGUCCGCGGCCGACAUACUGCUUAGCUUUGCCCUCAUCGCGGGCGAGCAUCGUUUUGAUGCCAUGGGUGAGUGGCCCGGUGGCUCGGCCAAGGCGGCGCAUCCCAAGGUCUUUGAGUACAUCCAGCGCCUCAAGCAGGAGCCUGGUUACAAGCGCUCGACGGACAAGAUUCGAGAGCUCGAUGGAGAGUUUGAGGAGCCGGCGGCUUUGAAGAAGUAAGGCCUCUUCUCAUUUGUCCAUUGUUACAGAUGCUUAGAUGAGAUCAGGCGUGAAUCCCGCAUCUGAGUUUAAAAUGAUGCCUCUAUUUGAAAUGGCUGAAUAAAAAAGAGGGAAACAUAGGAACGCGCGAUAUGCAAUAGAUUACAAUCUGAUGAACAACC